GUCUUCUACCUAUAGUGACUCUAAGUUAUCUUUUGUAAGAAAAAUCUAUCAAAAUGAAAUUGUUUGCGUCUUUCGUGGUGAUGCUAUCAAUUUUGGCUAGCUUGAUGUGUAUUAUUGAAGCAAAUCCUAAAGUGAAGGCGGGGUCGGUCGCUAAGAACGGCCUUCGUGCUAUCAAUGCGGCUGGACAUGUGCAUGAUGCUUAUAAAGCUGUGAAGAACAGGAAAAAUCAUGGGUAGAUGCUUUCUACCUUCAUCACUGCAUUAUCAUUAGACCAAGAAAAUAUUAAAAGAAAAUAUU